AUGCCUUCCCUCACCCGCGCCGCCCUCUUCACCAUAACCCUCGCCGCCUCCACAACCGCCUCCUCCCCGGCCGCCCGCACCGCCCACAUCGACUUCCCCUUCGACCAAGUCCUCCCCCUACCCACCCAAGCCCCCUCCGUGCCCCGCCAAUACCUCGCCGCCCGCCAAAAUGCCGCCGCCUCCUCCAAGACGACUGCCUACGUCGGCCCGGACAACAUCUGCGGCUACAUCGAGGGCCGGCCGGGCGCCUCGCUGUACUGUCCCGCGGGGGCCAACUGCGUCUUGUUCACGGCGCAGCCGACCAUGACGGGGGCCGUGGCGUGCUGUAAUACGGAUGCUUGUAAUAUCCGGUUGACGUGCUUGGAUUACAAUCAGGUGAUUUCGCAGAGUUUGUGUGAUAAUGGAUGUAUGGUUGAUGCGUUUACGUUGAAAUGCACAAACUCCCUCCGCCCCUACUGCAACACCGCCUCCUUCUCCUCCAGCAUCAUUGACUACUGGUGCAACGACGCCUCCAUCUCCACCCCACAACCCGUCCUGACCUCCUUCUCGGGCCAAACCGCCGACCGCUCCUUCAGCCCCCUCGUGCUCGGCGACACCACCUCCCUCGUCAUCCCCUCCUCCACCAUCGAAGACGACCCCGAGGUCACCACCAGCCCCGGCACCUCGCCUACCCCGGAUCCGGACCCGCCUAAGCCGAAGAAGAAGUCCAAUGCGGGGGCUAUCGCGGGAGGUGUCGUGGGUGGGAUAGCGGCGUUGGGACUUCUUGCCCUGGCGGCGUUUUUCCUCUUCCGCAAGCGCAAGACUCCUCCCGCGCCCGCGCCCGCGCCAGCUCCAGCACCCGCCGGCCCUCAACAACCGCAGAUGAACUACGCGCAGGGUCAACAUCCCCAAUCCGUGUAUAACCCCGCCUACGCCCAACCAGGCCAAUUCACAACCACGCCCCCGCCGCAAGGCUUCGAUCCCUCCAAGGGCGUAUAUUAUGCCCCUGUCCCCGGCCUAUCCCCCGACGGCUCGACGCCCCAGGAUCCCAAUCGCGUGAGCACCGUCGUUACCAGUCCCGCGCUGAGCUCAACGAGCGGCGGCUUCGCGCCGUAUCAGCAGGGUGCGCCGCAGCCGCAGCCGCAGCCUCAGGGGUAUGCGCCCGGACAACAGGGACAGGUUCAUGAGGCGGCGGGAAAUCCGGUUGAUCCUCAUCGGGUGCAUGAGCUUGCGUAA